UGCCAGACUCUGUCAAGCUCGACCCCACUCCUCCACCUGCCCCCACCAGCCCCGGUGCCACCCCAUCCGCAGCCCCGUGCAGUGGAAAUGGCAAGCGCGCCCCCUCUGGAUGCCAGCCGCAGACUUUGCUCCAGCAGCGCUACCCACCCCGAGAGGUACCUCCACGCUUCCGCCAGCAGGAGCAGAAGCAGCUGUUAAAGAGGGGCCAGCCUCUGCCCUCCGGGACCCCGCCGCCUCUCCUCGCCACGGGACAUCCCAACACUAGUGAAUCUGCAGCAGCAACAGUAGCCACAAACUCAUCUCCAUCCCGCUCCUCCUCCUCCUCCUCCUCAGCCAGCUUGCCCACAGGUCAGCCUAGACACUCAGUUGAACUGCCCCCACAGAGUGGCCAAGAAGCCCAGUAUGAUAACCCCUCUUGGGGACAUCUGCCAGCCAAUAGAAGUGCCACAAGUGCUGCAUCUUCCACCAAUCUCAGUGGCUGGGAUAAACUGAUCAUUGACCAGAAGGACACAGAGGCUUGGCCCUCUAUAACCCUCAGCCAAAGCCAGGCCCCUCCAAAAGGAUGCCCUUUGGACACUGACCCUGGUCACCUGACCAGCAGCAGCAGUAGUACAAGCAGUAGUUGUAGUACAGUGAGUAUGGCCACGGGGGCCAACGGUCAGACAGGCCACUUUCCUGCCAACCACCUUAGCAGCAAAGCCAACAGUGGGCCUAGCCCUGCCAAUCAUACUGGAACCAGCAUGCUUUCUAGCCAGGUUACAACCAAUCGUGGUUGGGGCUCUGGACCUGGACCUUCUCAUUGCCCCUCCCAAUCCUCAGUGGGGAAUGAAGMGAAGUGUGACAGCCCAGUGGGAGGAGGAAGCAGAGGCUGGGGUUCCUCUUCAUCAUCCUCCGCUAGCAACUUUAACUUGAACCUUAACCCCAGUGCUAACCCAUCUGCCUGGCCCAUGUUGGGACACGAUGGGGGAGGCAGCUCAGGGGGAGCCAACACCAUUUCAUCUCCUCAAACUACAACCAACCUCUGUAAUCCUCCUGGCCUCCCACCAACUCAGACCAGCACCUGUUCUGGAGCCAACACUAACAGCAAGUCCUCUGGUAUUGGCAGCGCAUGGGGUAACAUAAUGGCUUCUGAUGUGUCAGAGUCACACCCCACCCCAUCCACGAAUGUGUCUUUCAGUUCAGAACCUCAGAACCUUAAAACUGAUGGACCAAAUCAGACUCAAAAGCAGGAGCCUCCCAGCCCAAUCCGAAAAUUGCCUGGAUGGGGCAGUGCACCUGCAGGCAUGAGUCCUAUAGGACAGCCACCGCCAGGAGGUUCACAGGUCAAUGGAGAAGAUGAUAACUCUUUAUGGGGUAACAGUGGCAACUCAAAACCAACUUCAUCAAAGGAGGGACCUGGCUGGGAUACAGCCUGGGGCCAUGGAGGAGGUGGACCAGGGAACUCAGGAGGCUGGGGUGAACAGUCUAGUGGAGACUGGGGGAAGCAGCAUAGUGAAGAGACCCAGGGAAGCUGGGAUGCACCCAGCUCUCCUCCCCAGGAUUCACAAGGUAAUCAUUGGAGCAGAGCUGUGAGCACAACUGGUGCCAGUGAAGGUAGCAGUGACAGCAUAGAUGGAUAUUCCAGACGAAGAGACCACCCAUCRAGAGAUAAACCAGUUCCUGUUCUCCCUGCCCAGGAGCUAGACCCUAGGGUUCUGUGUAACACUGGUUGGGGACAGACUCCUGUGCGCCAGCACACCACCUGGGACAUGGAUGAUACUAAAAGAAAGAAUGAUGUUGGGACUGAAUCCUGGGGAUCUGGUCCAUCUACUUCAAGUGAAGCGCAGGGACCCUCAAACACCAACACAGGCCCUUCUCAGAGGACUGACAGUGGGAAUAAAAAUGAUGUGCCUGGUUCUCAGGGAGCUUCUGGUUGGGGUGGAAGCGUAGCUGCUACACACCUGCCGGGCUCUGGUUGGGGAGAUAUAUCCAACAAUGUUAAGCACCCGGUUGGACAUGGAAGUUGGGUGAACUCUUCAUCAGGAGGCACUACCAACAAUAUACCCAAGAAUGGUGGUCAGUCCUGGGGAGAGGAAAAAUCAGCAGGGUGGGAGGAUUCUCAAAGCAAGUCAACACCCCAGGGCUGGGGAGAACAACCCAAAACAUCCCACUCCUGGGGCAAUAGUGGUGCAAGCAAUACAGGGGAUUGGAAUGAACCAGAAGAGAGCAAGAAGACUUCCACAAACCCCGAUUGGGAAGGAGAAUCUGGAAACUGGAAGGAAAAUCAAAGAGACUGGGGGAGGUCGACUUCAGGACCGGGGAUGUCUGGAGCUGGAGGAAGUGGGGGCUGGGGUGAGUCAACGCCCCAGCGUCCCUGUGGUCCUCCUCAGGGCUGGAUGGGCAAGCCUCAAGAUGGGCCCAGCAGUAACAGCAGUGGCGGAGCGGCCAUGGGCUCUUGGGGUGGCUCAAACUCAGUGAAGCAGGGUGCAGGAUGGGGUGGUGGUAAACCAGAGUCCUCAAAUGAGCCUACUGGCUGGGAGGAGCCAUCUCCACCAUCAAUCCGGCGUAAAAUGGAGAUAGAUGAUGGGACGUCUGCUUGGGGUGACCCAGGUACCUACAAUAAGGCCGUCAAUUUAUGGGAUAGGAACAAUUCAGGAAAGACCCAGGCUAAAGUUACCACAGGAGGAAGUAAUCCCUCAGCAUCCAACAAUAACCACCCKCACUCUCACAAUCAUUCUUAUCAUGGGCCGCCUGCACCUUUACAGAAUCAUAGCCAAAACACUCAAAACCCAUGUCCCACCAGUGGGCCUAUGGAUCCUUCAGUGCAACACCAGUCUGGGCAAACGCACAUCAGAGGUCCACUGAUGGCUCAAGGUUGGGGAGAUCUACCGAGCUCCCACACCAAAUCAGAAAACUCCUGGGGGGAACCUGCACCCUCUCCGGUCAGCGUAGAUAAUGGCACGUCUGCCUGGGGCAAACCGAGUGGAAGCUCUGGUGGCUGGGGAGACGGCAACCCAGACAACUAUCGCAGGAGCAACCCAACAAUGACCACUGCUUCCUGCAAACCUGCCGCCAAACCUAUGCAAGAUGGAUGGGGAGGAGGAGGGGGAGGGGGAGGUGAAGAGCUCAGCCUGUCAGGGGGUCAGUGGGAUGCUGAGGAGGGAGACGUGUGGAACAGCACCGCCUCCCAGGAGAGCAACGCUUCAUGUAACUCCUGGGGCAACGCAUCCAAAAAAGCCCCUCAGAAGGUGAAAGUCCCCGGGAAGCAGGAAGAUGCCUGGAUCAUGAAACAUCUCAUCAAACAGCUGACAGACAUGGGCUUCCCUAGGGAUCCAGCAGAGGAGGCUUUGAAAAGCAACAACAUGAACUUGGAUCAGGCCAUGAGUGCCCUGUUGGAGAAGAAGACCGAGCUGGACAAGCGUGGGAUGGGGAUCGGRGGCCACGACUUCAACAACGGGCUCAUCAACAAGCCCAUGAGCUGCCCUCGGCCUCCGCUUCUUUCCAAAGACCCCUCAGCAGAUCCUCGUUUGCCCUUCAUCGAUAAGCAGAUGCAGAGUGGAAUGUUUGGCGGCAGUGGAGCAGCACAAGCCCGGGCCAUGCAGCAGCCGCAGCCGCAGCCGCCUCCUCAGCCACCAGUGCUGCCUCUCAGCUCCUCUCAYCCUAGUCUACGUGCUCAAGUGCCUCAGUUUCUCUCCCCUCAGGUUCAAGCACAGCUCUUACAGUUUGCAGCAAAAAACAUUGGUCUGAAUCCUGCACUUUUAACCUCACCAAUAAACCCUCAACAUAUGACCCUUCUGAAUCAACUUUACCAGCUGCAACUGACGUACCAGCGUUUACAAAUUCAGCAGCAGAUGUUGCAGGCACAGCGCAAUGUUUCUGGCCCCAUUCGACAACAAGAGCAGCAAGUUGCACGUACAAUCAAUAACAUGCAGCAGCAGAUCCAACAGCACCAGCGUCAGCUGGCCCAGGCCCUACUGAUGAAACAGCAGCAACAGCAGCAGACCCCCUCCCACUCGGGUCUGCACCCUGGUGGAGCCAAAUCCACCCUGGARACAUUUCCAGGUCACCCCCAGACUCCAGGCCUCCCCGACCUGCAGACCAAAGAGCCACAGUCCUCUCCCAACACCUACAACCCCUACGCUCUCUCUGGACUGAAUCCAAACAUGAAUCCGAACUGUAUGGAUGUAGGCAGUCUUCCUUUGAAAGACCCACCCCAGCCCCAGUCACGGCUGUCACAGUGGACACACCCCAACUCCAUCGAAAGCCUUUCUGGAAACUCCUCUCCUCUUGAGCCCAACUUAGGGAAGCAUGGUGCCAAUCUGGGCCCUCCGGGGAAGCCCCCUCAGAUGGACGACUCAUACAACCCCUACAACCUGAUGUCCAGCUCAGAGUCUCCCACCAGCCCGCUUGUUCCUCCAGAGAGCUGGGGGCCGAGCAAGAACAGCAGUGACAAGAUGACGAACGGGACCAACAUCAACUGGCCUCCAGAGUUUUGUCCUGGUGUACCCUGGAAGGGUCUACAGAAUAUAGACCCCGAGACUGACCCCAACGUGACUCCAGGCAGUGUCCCCAGUGGACCCACCAUCAACACCAACAUCCAAGAUGUCAACCGCUACCUACUGCGGGACAGGAGUGGAGGCUCCUCUCCCACUUCAUGUCAGAGCGAGGCUCUGCCUCCGUCCACUGAUUGGCCAGUCAGUGCCUACACUAGCUCGUUCAGUCUUUCGUCCCCAGAGAUGGACGAUGCAGGUAAACUGUCAGAGAUGAAAUCAACCUGGUCUCCAGGCCCCAUCGCUCARAGCCAGCCUUCUCUGUCCCACGAGCUGUGGAAGGUCCCCCAGGGCCCACGGAGCAGCACCACUGCGCCCUCCCGCCCCCCACCUGGCCUCACGAACACAAAGCCCUCCUCCACCUGGGGUGGGAACUCUCUGGGUCUGGCACAAGGCUGGAGCAGCUCCUACGCCACAGCAGGUACCACAUGGAGUACGGACAGCUCUAACCGGACCAGCAGCUGGCUGGUUCUGAGAAACCUCACUCCACAGAUUGAUGGUUCGACUCUGCGUACACUGUGCAUGCAGCACGGCCCACUCAUCACAUUCCACCUCAACCUGACACAGGGAAACGCCGUGGUGCGCUACAGCUCCAAGGAUGAAGCUGCUAAGGCUCAAAAGUCCCUGCACAUGUGUGUGCUUGGGAACACCACCAUCCUUGCAGAGUUUGCAGGGGAAGAGGAAGUCAACCGCUUCUUUGCACAGAGCCAGUCGCUCGGUGGAACCACCAGCUGGCAGGCCACUCCAGGCACCAACCAGACGAGGAUGGGGGGAGCCGGGUCCGGAGCCGCUCACCCUAUCGGCCACUCACCUCACUGGAACAACAAUAACAACGGCGGCGUAAGCGGCGGCAGUAGCGGGCUCGGAGCGGCUGGAACGAAAUCGGGAGGAGAGCUGCUUUGGGGCGGAGUUCAGCAGUAUUCCAGCUUGUGGGGACCCCCGAGUGGAGAGGAGGGACGGGUCAUGGGGAGCCCCACGCCAAUCAACACGCUGCUGCCUGGUGACCUGCUGAGUGGCGAGUCCAUGUAGGAAAAAAAACAACGACCACACACCGGAGCAAAAACCUUUCAAAUCAAUGUGGAGAUAAUCAGUGUAAAGACGAGGAGGAGGACGAGGCUUCAUUUCUGCUGCUUGGCUUCGUCAGCCUCCUCCGCUCUUUGUGUUUGAAAACAUUUCAGUUGCAGUUAUUUUGUGUGAAUCUCAGUGAGAGAUUUUGAUCGCAGUGUUCAACCUUUUGCUCCUGAAGACACAAWAAGAAGUCGUUAAUUUAUCAAAAAACAGAAGAAAAAAAA